GUUUGGGGGAUGUGAUGCGGGAUGAGGUUGGGGAUGUAGUGGUGUCUACGUGUGUGCAAAUUGCUGGCAGGUUUGAUGUGGAGGUUGCUGAGGCAAUGGCUAUGAGCCUAUGAGACAUGCCUUAAAGAUUGCCAUGGAAUCAGGCUUCUUGAGAGUGUGUUUGGAAACUGAAUCUCAAGCUGCAUCAUUGUCUAAGGAAGGGUAUAGCAGAUCCGACCGAGUUUGGCUAUAUUAUCAAAGACAUUCUUUUGCUUGCUAGCUCCUGCACUGUUGUCUCUUUCACAUUUGUGAAAAGGAAUGGAAAUCGAGUAACUCAUAGCUUAGCCAAACUUAGUAGCAAUUAUGUUGGUGUUAGAGUUUGGUUAGAAGAGUAUCUUAUUGAGAUACAUGAACUUGUAAUGGCUGAUUUAAGCCUUUCUUAUACUUAAUAAUAUUGCUCGGUUUCCCCUCAAAAAAAAAAAAAAAAAAACAAAAAUUUUUUACUCAAAUUCAAAUUAGUCCGAGUCUAACAUAUUCCUAAGGUCUAACUUUACUCAAAUUUAAAUUAGUUGGAGUCUAACAAACUCUUGAUUAUCAAAUAAAAAUAUCCUUAAAAAAAAAUGUAUAGAAUGUUCAACCAAUCACACCUAUUAUUUUUCCUUUAAAUUAAUCUUCCAACAAAUCCACAAUUCAUGUUUGAACCCAAAUUUUGAACCCUUAAAAAGAAAUACAAGUAAAUUGGAUUACUUCAUCUUUCUUUUCUUGUUGAAAGAAAGGAGCAAAACAAAGCCACAAAAAAUGCCCGGGAACCCAAUGUCACUCGGACCCUCAAAUUUCGGGCCAAACUUUAUCAACACUUUGUUCUCUUCUUUCCGGGGAACCCAUUUCCGGUUAAUCGGAGCUCCGACUACCCUCCGGCGCACUUUAGCUGCUACCCAUUCUAUUAGCUACAAUAAGCUUGUGAGAGCGAAUAUCAAUAGUCCAGUUUCAAUCUUUAAUAGUGAGACUGUUGCUUCGUCUACCAUUCCCUCUGUUAAUGGAUAUCCAGAAUAUAGCCGCUUACUACCCUGUCCAUCAACAAAUCUUCCACCAAGAAUAGAGCACUUGGUUGUCUUGGAAAAAAGCCCUGUUUGUGAAUACAUUAGCAAAAGUUUGGAUCUUCCACCAUUGUACGUUGCAGAUCUCAUCCGUUUCGGAGCUGUAUAUUAUGCACUUAUAUGUCCAGAGCCUCCUGUAACAGCUACCCCUGAACAAGUUCAACUGUAUCAACAAUUUACAUCUCCUGAACUUCUAUUACAUAGACGUUCAAUCAAGGGGAAAACUUUCCGAGAAGCUCAAAAAACCUUCCGAGUAACUCGCAUAGAGGAAUUCUUUGAAGUAGGAACUUACUUGCGCAUUCAUGUACACCCAAAACGCUUCCCAAGGUGCUACGAAAUUGAUUGGAAGUCAAGGAUUUUAGCUGUUACUGAAUCCUAUGUGGUUCUGAACAAACCUGCUGGCACCUCAGUUGGAGGGUCUUCAGAUAACAUUGAAGAAUGCUGUGCAACUUUUGCCACUCGUGCCCUGGGAUUGACUUAUCCACUCCUUACUACACAUCAAAUUGAUAAUUGUACUGAAGGAUGUGUUGUGCUGGCCAGAAAUAAGAAGUAUUGCUCAACUUUUCAUAAGAAGAUUAGAGAUAAAAUGGUUAAGAAGCUCUACCUUGCACUUGCUGCAGCACCAGUACCUCGUGGAAUAUAUACCCAUUACAUGCGCCCUUUUGAUUUUGCUCCACGACUUAUUUCAGAAGAGUGUAUUGAUAGAUGGCUCUUAUGCCGGCUGGAAGUUUUGGAUUGUAAGGAAGUUCCUUGGCCGAACUCUUCCAUCAGAGAAAAGUAUCAAAUUGAAGACUGUGGAUGGCCUGUAAAGAAUUUGGCUUACGAGUGCACUGUUGACCUUUUGACUGGUCGGACUCACCAGAUUCGAGCACAAUUUGCUGCUUGUGGGGCACCUAUAAUUGGCGAUUCCAUGUACAUGCCAGCUUCUCUUGCAGAAAAAGCCACUCCAAACAUUAAUCCUCUUGGAAAAUGUAAAGAAGAAUAUACUAGUGAGGAUGAAAAAAAUAUUGCUAUUGAUAAUUGGAUUGCUUUGCAUGGAAAGGAACCCACUGUUGCAAUUGGUCUUCAAGCUUGUCAAAUCUCUUGGGACAACGGUGAGCAUAUCUACAAUGCUGGGUCGCCGUGGUGGAGAUGAGAUUAUUUUCAUGACUCAGGUGCCCUCUGUAGUCACAAGGAAGAAAUUCUAAUGCAGAGCUGUAAUCCAGUACAGAUUCAUAGCCGCUCCAUUAAUGGAUAGUUCAUUGCGUGCCAUAAGGUCCAUAACAAAGGGCUCCUUUCAAAUCACAUUUUCGACAUCUAAAAAAGCCUAGAGCAUAGCGAUGCAGGCAAUUAACUACUGAAGUAUCCAUCAACUGCUAAGAUACAGAACGGGACCAGGUACUUCUCCUUGCCUCUGAAGAUUGUGAAGUACAAAUCAGAAAAAUUCUGAGUCAUCUCUGAAUGAUAUGGAAUUUCUCUGAAGAUCUGUAUUCAAGAGUGCUUCUGGAUUAAGGCCUGAUUUCCAAACUUAAGCUUUAUUAAUGUUUAAUUUCACAAAGAGAUUGAAAAUUUUCUGAUUGCACUUUCAGAUGAAAUUGUAGUUUCGUCUGUCCAUUUUUGAGUAGUAACAGUAAACUUGUAACAUGAAACUGAUACAACCUAUAUGUAAAUAUUACAAAUUUGAACU